CACUUAUAAGGUAGCUUUUCUUUUUCCUCUCAUGUCAUCUCUAUUUACCUAGGGUCUCGAUAUACCUAGGGUACCUACCUAAUUCAUCCUUGUAUUUCCCCCCUCAUGGCUCCUCUCUGGGCUUCACAACCCUUCAAAGGGGUUUAUAUCCUGUUAUUCUCAUUGAAAACUGUUGCAUCCCUAUCGCUACUUUCGAUUUUCUAUGCGUUUAAGCCUCUCCGCCCUGUAUCGGAAUGGAGCUUUAGGGUAUCUCUUGCGAGAUCGGUACUUCAAGCCGCCUUCCGCUAUUUCACGGCGACUCGCUAUCAGCAUCCAAGGCAGCUUGAAACGGGACAGUCUGGGGAGAGAUUCGCCUUGAUCACCCCGCUUGAUUCGACGCUGUUUUCCGGAGCUUUAGUUUCUGAACAAAUUAAACCCGCUCCCGUCGGGGCAGUCUGGCACCCGGCUCCAAUUCAGCAGGGCCAGGGAAAUGGCCAGAAGGUCAUCAUGCAGUUUGCCGGUGGCGCUUUUGUACUUGGUUGGGAACCAAAUGAAACAGCUAAAACCCUGUCCGGUUACUUCGCAGAGCACUUCAAGACAGCCAAAGUCCUUUAUGUACAAUACCGGCUAGCCACACCUGGAACUCACUUUCCUGCCCCCAUUCAAGAUGCAUUGACAGCUUACAACUAUGUUCUCAACCUCGGUGUGUCUCCUAAGGAUAUCAUCCUGUGUGGGGACUCAGCAGGCGGCAAUAUCGUUCUCGCUUUACUGAGAUAUCUGCAGACGUCGGGAAAACUUCCUCUACCAGGUGGCGCUAUGGUAUGGUCCCCAUGGGUUCACGUAACGUCUCAUGCGGGCGAUGAUUAUACCAAAUCGCGGAACUCAGAUAUUGAUCUUCUAUAUGCGCCGCUAUUGGAUUGGGGAGCAAACGCAUACAUACCUAAGGGUGAUCUGACCCCAGAGGCACAAGAAUUGAUCUCCCCAUUGGGGCACCCUUUUAAAACCGAGACGCCUAUCUUCGUACACGCCGGUGGGCGUGAGGCAUUUUUUGACGCGGUGCACAGUUUUUCUGAGGAAAUGACAACUGUAGAGGGCAAUCGGAUCAAAUUUCACGAGUCGAAGCUCACCCCGCACGAUCUCUUGUUAACCAACGCCCAGCUCAGUCUGGAUGCUGAUUUGCAUGAAGCUCUCAAAGAUGCCCAGACAUUCCUCGAGAAUAAGGUUUAAUAAUAGAAUCCGCAGAAGCGUACACAAAGUUUGUGUAAGUUGAACCUAACAAAAAGCUUUCUUGCAAAUGUAUUGAUAGAGGGAUGUCAAGUUGAUAGUUAUUCCUUCGGACUCUGUUACAGAUAUUUAAGGCCACAGUUGCGCUUGUGCAUGACUUCGCAAAUUCAUCUCUCAAAACGGUUUUACUCCUUUGUAAGCUUUCCGGGAAAUCGUUGGUUCAUAAUGGGUGUGUGGGAAGGUUAAAAUUCGUUCAAUGUGUUUUUAUUGUUUGCUGUCUGGAAUCCUCAACGUCUGGAUUCGUUUCGAGAUUGUUUUCAAAUCCAGACUUAUGAAGGGUUCUGCAUAUUAUCCAAUCAAGUGUGUAUAUGCAAAAGGUUAUCUAGACUACAAGUGACACAGCUUGAACGUGUAACGCUAAUAAGCAUGUAUCACACACAUAUGCCUAGUAUAUAUACACGCACACAAAUGUUGGCUCUGUGUUCAUUCUACUGAACCUCUUAGU